GGGCUGAUUCCUGGAGAGAGAAAGUUGUGGAGGGAGAAAGAACCGAAAUCCGUUACAAACAGAUUCAACAGAAUCACAGUGAUUUUAUUUAUAUUUUUUAAGAACACGAUCAUGGCGUUUUACUUGGAUGAAGAAGAAGUAUGGAAAUGUCCAAAGCAUCCGUCGAAGCGGCGGAGGAGUGGUAUCUGCCCUACAUGCCUCCGUGAACGCCUCGUUACACUCUGUCCAGAAUGUGCAAAUACUCGUCCAUGUGCGUGUUGUCCAGCUCCAGCCGAUUCGACGUCUUCUUCUUCCUCGUCUUCCUCAUCGUUUUCUAUCUUCCAGUUUUCCCGUGGCGGUAGCCUCCGCGACGGUUUUCUGUCGUCCGCCGCCGCAGGGGAAGUCGGUCGCGUGUCGAAUCUAAUCGAAAGUGAACCUGCGUUUAGGAAAUCUAGAUCUCUAGCGAUUCCCUUCCUACGAUCGAGAUCGAAGUACGUCGGUGGUCGAUUCGAUCAACAGUUCGUCGAGGAAGACAAAAAACCUCUGCCGAGGGUUAGCCGAAGCAAAAUAAACUUCUGGUCGGUUUUCAAGGUGAAUAAAACUAAAAAAUGCGAUGCACACGGCGGCGAACAGGAUGAUGAAUCGAAUAAAAGUGAUAUCUCCGUCGCAACUGAAGAUUAUUCAAGGAUGGCUAGAUCCAGAUCAGUAGCUGUAGGGGCCAGUCACAGCUUCAGUCCGGUAGCCGCGAAACGCCGUGGAUGGUACUUCCCGAGUCCAAUGAAGGCGUUCCGACAAUCGAAGACGUCCAAAUUACAACUCCAUGAACGGUCGCCGAUGCAUAGAGGCUGACACAACUCUCCGGCUUCCGCUGCAACGAACAAGGCAAUUACUUCAACUUAACGUUUAUUUUAGCAUUUAUUGGGGUAUAUGAAAAAUAACGUAACUUAUGAAUUUAACAAUUUGCUAUUUUCUUCACAUAAUACAGUGGAAAACAAAACAAAAAAAGCCCAGAUUUCUACGAUUGUAUAUGUUUUAGAUUUUCAAUGAUUUUAUUUUAUGGGAUUUGAAUAAUGUUAAUUUUGGUCCGAUUGCUUAGGAAUAAAUAAAUUGGGAACGGCAGCUAAAAGGUACUUUGUGUAACGUGGUCGUUACUUGUUCUAGUUGUUUGUGUUCAUGGAUCGAAUCUUUGCACAUCUUGGGUUAGGGUUUUCUUGAAUUAUUAAUCGAAAAAGUUUUUUGAUGUGAACAUAUUCCACCUUUGAUUUUGAUCUGCUAUAAAACAAAUUUGAUUUUUUUGUCUGUUUA